CUUUUCCACUGUGCGAGUGCUUUCCCGUUCGUUCUGCGUUUGCGUGUCAUAACGAUGCAGCGGGUGACGCUCGCCUUGGCCUGGCCUCUGCUCAGAAGAAAGGCUUUCUGGGGCUGGAGAUCGUCUGCGGCCAUGUCGAGCCUCCUCAUUCAGCAGCCCAACUAUAGCUGGUUGAAAGAGUUGGGACUGAAGGAAGACAACCACGGCGUGUUCAACGGGAGCUGGGGUGGGAGAGGCGAGGUUGUCACUUCCUAUUGCCCAGCAAACAAUGAACCAAUAGCCAGAGUAAGACAGGCUACUUUGGAGGAAUAUGAAGAAACGGUACAAAAAGCGAAAGAAGCAUGGGAAAUAUGGGCUGAUAUUCCAGCACCAAAACGAGGAGAAAUAGUGAGACAAAUUGGUGAUGCUCUGAGAAAGAAAAUUGAAGUCCUGGGCAACCUGCUUUCUUUGGAGAUGGGGAAAAUUUCUGUUGAAGGGGUAGGAGAAGUCCAGGAAUAUGUAGAUAUUUGUGACUAUGCAGUUGGAUUAUCACGAAUGUUUGGAGGACCUGUACUACCAUCUGAACGUCCUGGACAUGCUCUCAUUGAACAAUGGAAUCCACUAGGUCUAGUAGGAAUCAUCACUGCAUUUAACUUUCCAGUGGCUGUUUAUGGCUGGAAUAAUGCUCUUGCACUCGUCUGUGGAAACUGUUGCCUGUGGAAAGGAGCUCCAACCACUCCUCUCACUAGUGUAGCUGUAACAAAAAUUGUUGCACAGGUCUUAGAAGAUAAUAAAUUACCUGGAGCCAUUUGUUCCCUAACCUGCGGUGGUGCUGACAUUGGUAUUGCAAUGAGUAAAGAUGAGCGAAUAAACCUCCUGUCUUUUACUGGAAGUACAAGUGUUGGAAAACAAGUAUCCUUAGUAGUUCAAGAGCGAUUUGGGCGACAGCUUCUGGAACUUGGUGGCAAUAAUGCUAUCGUUGUGUUUGAUGAUGCUGAUCUAAAUAUGGUAAUUCCAUCUGUUAUGUUCGCUGCUGUGGGAACUGCAGGGCAGAGGUGCACAACAACCAGACGUCUGUUUUUACAUGAAAGUAUUCACGAUGAGGUGGUGGAAAGACUUAGCAAAGCUUAUAAACAGAUCCGAAUUGGAGAUCCAUUGGACCCUAAUACUUUAUAUGGCCCCCUUCACACUAAGCAGGCAGUGGAUAUGUACAAGAAUGCAGUGGAACAGGCUAAACAGCAAGGUGGCAAUGUGGUUUAUGGUGGAAAGGCAAUUGAUCGUCCAGGAAACUAUGUAGAACCAACUAUUGUAACUGGCCUUCCCCACGAUGCGACCAUUGUUCAUACUGAGACAUUUGCACCCAUUUUGUAUGUUCUCAAAUUUAAGUCUGAGGAAGAAGCAUUUGCAUGGAACAAUGAGGUUAAACAGGGUCUCUCCAGCAGCAUCUUCACCAAGGAUAUAGGUAGAAUGUUCCGCUGGCUGGGACCCAAAGGUUCAGAUUGUGGAGUUGUAAAUGUCAAUAUUCCAACCAGUGGAGCUGAAAUUGGAGGAGCCUUUGGUGGAGAAAAACACACGGGUGGAGGCAGAGAAUCUGGCAGCGAUGCUUGGAAACAUUACAUGAGGAGGUCUACCUGCACCAUCAACUAUAGCAAGGAGCUUCCUCUAGCUCAAGGGAUCAAGUUUGAGUAAAGACGACUUGUGAUUUUAUAGCAACAAUCAAGACUUUGAAUGAGAGAGAAUGAAAGAUUAGAAUAAUUUUCAUAAGAGGAAUUAGGUCAUGUGAUGCAAAAUCUAGAAUAAAUUGAAGUGAUUUUGUGUGUGAAGUACCAGAUUUAGACCUAUGGGCCUUCUGCUUGUCUUCAACCUUUCAGAGUUGAGACUGUAAUGUACCACAUCUGUUCUUUACUACUGACAGGAUAACUUGUGUAUCCAACAAUGGAUUGUUUCCCUCCAAUGGCAACUAAAAUGAAAAUAAAACCUGAAGCUUUGAAAUAA